ACCUGUAUCACAGAGAGAGAGAGAGAGAGAGAUGGGAAAACUUGGAGUGGUAACAUUGUUACUUUCCUUCCUAAUUGUUACCAUGGCGGCGUUGGGUGGUAGUCAACCCGAGGACUGGCACAAGAGCGUAGUAAGGGUGGAGAAGGAAGAAGAGAAGGUGACGGAGCUGCACUUCUACUUCCACGACACAGUUAGUGGAAAGCAACCCAGCGCGGUGAGGGUGGCUCAAGCGAUGGAGUCGGAGAAAUCGCCAACCCUCUUUGGAGUGGUGAUGAUGGCUGACGACCCAUUGACGGAAGGCCCAGAACCAACCUCCAAAGUUGUGGGCCGAGCCCAGGGUUUGUACGGCUCAGCCGGCCAGGAGGAAUUCGGCCUCAUCAUGGCCAUGAACUACGGUUUCACGGACAGCAUUUAUAACGGUAGCAGCCUAUGCAUUCUGGGGCGAAACUCAGCACUGCAUCCGAUCCGGGAAAUGCCGAUCGUUGGGGGAACCGGUCUCUUCCAGAGGGCUCGAGGGAUUGCCGUGGGUCAGACCUAUUGGUUUGAUGAGACCACUGGUGACGCCAUUGUCGAGUAUAAUGUUACAGCUUUCCAUUAUUGAUGUCUGAUACCUUUUACUUAUAUCGUGAGCCUCAAAACAAUAGUAAAAGUGAAUUAGCUUUU